AUGCCACCAGUCCUGAUUCUCCUGACCUUUCUUCUGCUGCUUGGAGCUGGUGCAGAGGAGAUCAUUGGGGGCCAUGAGGUCAAGACCCACUCCCGCCCUUACAUGGCACAUGUGAAGUUUGUGAAAGUUAAUGGGAGUAUAGGUGCCUGUGGAGGCUUCCUGGUUCGAGACUACUUUGUGCUGAUGGCUGCUCACUGCAAUGGAAGCUCAAUGACAGUAAUACUGGGGGCCCACAACCUCCGUGCACAGGAGAGGACCCAGCAGAUCAUCCCUGUGGAAAAAGCCAUUCUCUACCCGGCAUAUAAUCAUGAGGACCACACCAAUGACAUCAUGCUAUUAAAGCUGGAGCAUAAGGCCAAGAAGACUAGAGCUGUGAGGCCCCUCAAGUUGCCCAGACUCAAUGCCCAGAUAAAGCCAGGGGAUGUGUGCCAUGUGGCUGGCUGGGGGAAAACGUCCAUCAGUGCCACUGAAGAAUCUGCCUACCUUCGAGAGGCCCAACUAAUCAUCCAGGAGGACCAGGAAUGCAAAGGCUUCUGUCACUACAUCAAGACCACAGAGUUUUGUGCUGGAGACCCAAAGAAAAUACAGUGUACUUUCAAAGGUGACUCUGGGGGACCCCUCGUGUGUGACAACAGAGCUUAUGGAGUUUUAUCCUAUGGGAGAAACAAGAUAAUCUCUUCAAGAGUCUUCACUAAGGUUGUAUACUUCCUGCCAUGGAUAAGCAGUAACAUGAAGCUAUUCUAA